AUGAAAAAAAAUGGUUUAAGCACAAUAACAAAAAAGUAGGCACAACCAAUAAUUGUUUGUUAUGAUAGUAAGACAAAAUUGCCUAUAGAAUUAAAGUAAGUUUAAUAUACUGUUAAUAUAUAACCUGGUUUAGCAGUAGUGCAUAUAUGUCAAAUAUAUUCAACUGAAUAAAACAAAGAUCAAUGUGAAUUAGAAUACUUGUUUACAAUAGAUUAAAAUUCAGCUGUUACUAAGAUGAUAGUUGAACUUGGAGAUUAAAAAGUUUAUGGAAUUGUAAAAGAAUUAGAAGAGGCAAAAAAAGAAUAUGAAAAGGGAAUAUAAGAAGGAAAGACAAUGGUAUUAAGCUAAGAGGAUUCAAAAAUAUCAAAUAUCAAAAAAGUAAAAAUUGGUUGUUUAAGUCCUGGUAAAUCAUUAAAAAUUUAAUUUGAAUACAUUCAACAAUUAUAAGUAUUUCUGAAUUAAUUUUGGAAAUUAGAAUUGUCUUCUAUGGUAGAUACUAGUUAUCUUGUAGUUAAUAAAUUAAAGAACACAUCGAAAAAUUAUGCUUAAUAAUAUUCUUUUGUGAAAAACCAUGUAAACAUAUAAGCAAUGAAAUUAAAUUAUAAGUAAAAUAUUACUGUAAUAAUUAAUAUGUAAAAACCUAUUACAUAUGCUAAAUCUCCAACACACUCAAUUGUAUUAAAUUCUGAUAUUAAUGUCAAAGAAAAAUAAAUUGAUUUAUAAACUCCAUAGAACUAAUUGAUUAUUACUUUAGAUACGAAUGAUCCUGAAAAUAUGGCACCAAAUAAAAAGUUUGAAUUAUUAUUUUCUUCCAAUGAUGUUAAUAAUCCUUAUGCAAUACUAAGCCAUACAAAUAAUGAUGCUUUAUAACAUAUUAAAUAUUGUGCUACUCUAACCCUCAUUCCUAAAUUUAAUGAAUUUCCAAUAGAUGAUGCCUAUCAAUCAUAUAUUAAUGGCUUAAAUUUAUCUUAAUAUUCAAAAAUCUAAAAGGGUUGUUAUUUAUUUUUUAUUGAUCGUAGUGGUUCAAUGGAAGGCAUAAGAAUUGAAAAAGCCAAACAAUCACUGAUACUGUUUCUGAAGAGCCUUCCAGAAGAUUGUACUUUUAACGUUAUUUCAUUUGGCAGUGAUGUAGAAAAGAUGUUUGAUAUUGAACAAGCAUAUAAUUAACAUACACUAAAUUAGGCAAUAAAGUAAGUUCAAGAAAUGAAUGCAGAUUUGGGUGGAACUGAUAUAUUAAAAGCCUUGAGCUAAGGCAUUUAUAAUGAAAAUUAUUAAAAAAAUAAACACCAUUCAGAAACUUUAAACGCUUUUUUAUUAACAGAUGGAGAGGAUUCUCCUCAAAAAAUCAUCAAGUUAGUAUCAAAAAACCAAAGACCUGAAACUAGAAUUUAUACAUUAGGUAUUGGGAAUCAUUGUAGUGAGUAUUUAGUUUAAACAUUAGCUGAAGUUGGAAAUGGAAAAUGUUAAUUAGUAGGAGAUAAUGAAGAUAUCAAUUCUAAAGUUAUAGAUUUGUUAGAGGAUUCCCUAACUUAUUAUUUAAAAGGAUUUUCAUUAAUACAUAAUAUCGACAAAAUUUCAUAGAUUAUUCCUGAUCCAAAAUCAAUAACUUAAUUAAAGAAAAAUCAAGAGUUAACUUUACAAAUUUUAUUUUCAAAGAAACAGAAAAAAGAAAAUUUAGAAUUCAAAAUUAAUUGUUUUGAUCCAUAAAUGAAUAAAUAAAUUUCAUAUGAAGUAAAAAUGAAUCUUAAUAGUUCCAAAGAGAAUGAAUAUUUUCACAAAAUAGCUGCUCAUAGACUAAUAAGGUAUUAUGAAAAAUCAAUUUCCUAAUAAGCUAAACAAAUGGAUAUGGUUAUGAUCAAUGAAAAAUGCAUAAAAGAUUUGGAUAUUAUAAAUUUAUCAUUAUAAAAUCAAAUACUAUGUUCUAAAACAGCAUUUAUUUGUGAAGUAUGCUAAAAUGAAUAAAAUCUUUAAGCACUGAUUAAGAAAAAACUUACAAUUAACAAAAGUUAUGAGGAAAAUAAUGAGGAAGAUGAAGGUGAAGAUGAAGAUGAAGAUAUUCCAAAAAGUACUAAUAAAGGAAUGAAAUUGUGUCUAAAGAAAAAAAAUAUACAAACUUCUAAUAAAAUGAUAAUGAAUUAAUUACCAAAGCAAUAAAUGCUGAUGUGUUGCUUCUAAAAUUCAAGAUUAAAAUAAAAAAAAUGUAAAAAAGUGGCAGUAGAAGAAGAUUCUGAUGAUUUGAUGUUAGAAUAGAAUUUAUAAAAAAUGGGAGAAGAUGAAGAUUUGAUGUUCGAAUUAAAAUCCUAAAAAAUGGCAGAAGAAGAAGAUUCUGAAGAUUUGAAGUUUUAAUCAAAAUGCAAAAAAAUGGUAGAAGAAGAAGAUUCAGAAAAAAACUACAGUUAAUCCGAAUCUUAAAAAUAGCCCAAAAAAUUGCUUCCUAAAUAAAGUAUUCUAUGUGCUCCAAAGCCAAAAAUACUUUAAGAAGAUUAGCAAAUGUUAGCAUAUUUUGAACUAAUUGACUGCAUGUAAGCAAAUGGUAGCUUCCUCUUAGAAAUACAUAUUGAAGAUUCACUAAAGUUAAGCAAAAUAGAAAAUAAAUAUCAUUUAGAAGAUCUAUGUUGGCCAACAGUGGUUUCUCUUUUUUAUUUGGAAUUAUUUUGUCAGGAUUCAAAGAGUUCCUGGUAAUUAAUUUAUAAUAAAGCCAUAAAUUAUUUACAAAAGAAAGGAGUUAAUUAUUUUUAGAUUAAAACAGAAUGCAUUUCAGAUUAUAGAAAACUUUUUUAGAAUUGA